AUGUCACUCUCAAACAAACUUUCUAUUACUGAUGUCGACCUUAAGGGCAAGCGGGUCUUGAUAAGGGAAAUUGUACUACUACAGGUGGAUUUUAAUGUACCCUUAGACUCUGCGCUCAAAGUCACUAACACACAACGAAUUGCCGGAGCUACUCCCACCAUAAAGUAUGCCAUAGAAAAUGGAUGCAAAUCGGUAAUUCUAAUGUCACACCUCGGACGCCCUGAUGGCAAGGUACAGCCAAAAUACUCACUUAAACCUGUUGUGCCAGAGUUGGAAGCCCUCCUUGGUAGAAGCGUUGAAUUUGCGUCUGACUGUGUCGGCCCCGAGGUUGAAGAUAUAGUUAAUAAGGCCACAGGGGGACAGGUUGUCCUCCUUGAAAACCUACGCUUUCAUGCUGAAGAGGAGGGGAGUAGCAAGGACGCGGAUGGAAAUAAAGUAAAAGCAGACAAGGCAGAUGUCGAAAAGUUUCGCAAAGGACUGACAGCUCUAGGAGAUGUGUUCAUCAAUGAUGCAUUUGGAACCGCACAUCGGGCUCACAGUUCAAUGGUUGGUGUGGACCUACCGCAGAAGGCAUCUGGGUUUCUCAUGAAGAAAGAGUUAGAUUAUUUCGCCAAAGCUCUAGAGAAACCUGAACGGCCUUUCUUAGCUAUCUUGGGAGGAGCAAAGGUUUCGGAUAAAAUCAAAUUAAUCGAUAACCUCCUUGGCAAAGUUGAUAGCCUCAUUAUAUGUGGGGGAAUGGCCUUUACAUUUAAGAAGACCUUAGAAAACGUCAACAUUGGAGAUAGUCUAUUUGACAAGGCUGGUAGUGAAACUGUUGGUGCGCUGGUGGAAAAGGCCAAAAAGAAUAAAGUAAAGAUCGUCCUACCUGUUGAUUAUAUCACAGCAGACAAGUUUGCAAAAGACGCCAAAACAGCAACAGCAACAGAUGAGGAGGGCAUACCAGAUGGCUGGAUGGGUCUCGACUGCGGAAAAAAAAGCAUUGAACUAUAUAAAGCAGCUAUUGGAGAAGCAUCUACAAUUCUCUGGAACGGUCCUCCAGGAGUUUUUGAAUUUGAUGCCUUUGCAAACGGUACAAAAGAAACUCUAGAUGCAGCGGUCGAAGCCGCUCAGCAAGGAAAGAUUGUGAUCAUAGGUGGAGGUGACACUGCAACUGUUGCUGCCAAGUAUAAGGUUGAGGAUAAACUCAGCCAUGUUUCCACAGGCGGUGGCGCGUCACUUGAAUUAUUAGAAGGUAAAGAGCUUCCAGGCGUCACUGCGCUAUCGAGUACAUAG